GACAAAAAAUGGAACCCAGCAGCAGUGUGAGGAGACCUGAAAGUGGCACAUGGCAGAAGUGUGUGGCGAUGGAGACAGCAGCAAUGGGAGGCGGUACAGGGACCCAUGAGACACUGUGGACCUGGCAGCAGCAUGAGGAGGCGGUACAGGGGCCCAUGGCAGAUUAGGGGCCUGGCAGCAGCUAUGGGAGACGCCCGUAAUCUGCCAGCAACCUAUGACAAAAAAUGGAACCCAGCAGGAGUGUGAGGAGACCUGAAAGUGGCACAUGGCAGAGUGUGGCGAUGGAGACAGCAGCAAUGGGAGGCCGUACAGGGACCCAUGACACACUGUGGACCUGGCAGCAGCGUGA